CCAAUAUGUGAUGAGUUGGGAUGAGAACGUGGUGGGGGACCAUAAAUGUCCGUUCAAAAUGUCAUGAAUAUCCAUUAGAUAGUUGUUGAGAUAUUUCAGUCUGGACCGAAGUAGUGGACAGGCUGACCAACAGACCGACAUUGCCAUCCCUACAGCCAUGCCACUAUUGUGGCCAAAGACUAAUUCUCUAUCAGAAACUUUUGCGUGCAUUGUGGGAAAGUUUACAAACUCUCCAGAGGUGAAAUAAUGUGGUGACAUCAACCAGGCUCGACAUGAUAAAAGAUGUUGAACACCUCUCAUAACACACAGUUGUCGUUUAUCUGUGUAUAGAGCUAGAUUAUUAUACUGUAUGUAACUUCAAUGAUGCUGCCUCUUCAGUUAAGUAAAUCUGUUGAUUUUUCAAAACAGUGAUAAGAGUUUAUACAAGAACAGACAUAAAUGCUAAGUUUUCUCUUUAAACAGAGACCUUUGAUUUAGAGAAUGGAAAACAGCACUCACUCUUUUUACUUAAACCUAACCAUGUUCAUGAACAUUGGGCACUACCGUUAUCUGGCCUUUGUCUUUUGCCUCUUAAUCUACAGCUUUAUUGUGUCUGCUAAUUUUGCCAUGAUAUUGCUAAUAAUACGGGAGAGAACUCUACAUGAGCCCAUGUAUAUUUUCAUUGCAUUUUUAUCUUUCAACUCUCUGUAUGGUUCGGCUGCUUUCUUCCCCAGAUUCCUCGUGGACCUUCUGUCCGAUACUCAUUUAAUCUCUCGUCCUGCUUGUUUCACUCAGAUCUAUAUUAUUUACACAUAUGCUUCCUAUGAACUGACCAUUCUCAGCAUUAUGGCAUAUGAUCGAUAUGUUGCUGUAUGUCAUCCUUUACACUAUCACAGAAAGAUGAAUACUAAAACCGUCUACACAUUGGCAUUUAUUGCUUGGGUCUGUCCAGCCUGUAACCUUACAAUUACCCUUACUACAAUUGUCAAGCUUCCUCUGUGUGGUAACACGAUACAGAAGGUAUACUGUGCCAGCUGGAAUAUUGUAAAGUUAUCAUGUGUUGCCACUGCUGUUAACAGUAUUGUUGCAACGUUGGGGGCCAUAGCUAUAGCCGCCAUUCCCUUUAGUUUUAUCUUUUACACCUAUCUGAGAAUUGUGAUUGCUUGUUGGAAAAAGUCAUCGGAGGCCAGGGGAAAAGUAUUACAGAGUUGUCUUCCACAUGUUAUUUCAUUUGCGAUUUUUUCAAUAACAUCAUUAACUGAUGCUGCACUGAGCCGACGAAAUCUGGAAGAGAAAAAUCCAUUUGCAUCUGUAAUAUUGUCACUAGAAUUUCUUAUCAUUCCUCCAGUUAUGAAUCCUCUUGUGUAUGGCCUUAAACUUCCAGAAAUCAGAAAACACAUUUUCAAGAUAUCAUGCUUAAAACCCAGAACUAAAAAGGAUUCCUGUAGAACAUUACCAUUAUCUAUUUGA